UUUUUUUUUAAUUUUAUUGUAGGAUACAAAUUGUUUUGUACGUUUAUUUCGUGAAGAUAUUGAUAUCGAUCGAACAUGGAGUAAUGUUGCUAAAGAUCGAGAUGAAUUAGAAAAUUUUAUUAAAUUAUUAAUCACUGAUUCUGUUGUACGAAAGAAAUUCUCGGAUUGGGCUAUUGAUUACGAACCAUUUUCAUCGUUAUUACCAACGAAUGAUUUUGAAGAACGUUAUUUACCCUUGGUAGUAGAUACGAAACAUGAAGAAAAUGAUAUUGAAUCAACACCAACUGAAAAUGAAUCAGUAAAGAAAAGACGUGGACGACCGAAAAGUUCAAUAAAAUUAAUGAACAAUGAAAAAAAUCAUAUAGAAACGGAAAUAAAACAAGAAGAAGAUGAGGAGGAAGAAGAUACUGAACAAAAUUCAAAUGAUAAUGAAAAAUCUACUGAAUCAUUAAAAAAGAAACGUGGACGACCAAGAGGUUCAAUAGCAUCAUCAAAGAAGGUCGAUGUAGAAGUAAAACAAGAAGAAGAAGAAGAUACUAAUCCAAUAUCAAAUGAUGAUGAAUCACUUAAGAAGAAACGUGGACGACCAAAAACUUCAAUUAAAUCAUUAGCUAAAGAACAGAUUCAAAUGAAAACUGCGAUAAAAAAAGAAAAACAAGAAGUUGAAUUAACAUCAGAUCAAAAUGAAAUAUCUGAUGGAUUAACAAAAAAAACGACCUGGACGUCCACCAAGAAGUUCAAUAAAGCAAAUUGA